UGUUGUGAUUGUGAUUCCUGCGACUUUGACCAUGAGACGAUCACGCUGGUCAAAAAGUGUCGCAAUAAACUUUGACCAGCAGUGAAACCAGUCACACGCUGUCGAGGCACAAGGUCAAUAUCGUUAAAAUAGCAUGUUAUUUAGGAAUCACGCGAGAGCCUUGAGUUUUCUCGAUUCAAGCAGGAAAACUCGACUUCUGCUGGUCACAAUGGUUAAAGUAAACAGGUGCCUGCACGACAUGAACGGCGACGCACAGCAUUUCUACGAGGAUGCAGUGAGUGCACUGAACUCUCUCCAAACAAAUGCAUCGGUCCUUCAGCAAUCAAAGAAGAGAAUCGGCCAACCAAACACAAAUGUCGAGGACACAAGAAAAUAUUUACAGAGGUCGGGUAUCAGUCAAGACACACUUGAUUCUUGUUUAUCUGCCAUUCACGUUGCUGGGACCAAAGGAAAAGGCUCAACUUGUGCAUUUACGGAGAGUAUAUUACGACACCACGGGUUGAAAACUGGCUUCUACUCAUCACCACACUUGGUAGCUGUCCGAGAGAGAAUUCGAAUCAAUGGCAAACCUUUGUCCAUGGAAAAAUUCACCCACUAUUUUUGGGAUGUUUACAACAAUUUGGCACUGAAAAAAGAAUGUGAUAGCGACAUGCCUCCUUACUUUAAAUUUUUGACUGUGAUGGCUUUCAACGUUUUUAUAAAAGAAAAGGUUGAUGUUGCUUUGAUUGAAGUUGGCAUCGGAGGUGAGCUCGACUGCACUAAUGUCAUAAGAAAGCCAGUUGUUGUUGGGAUCACUUCUCUUGGAUUGGACCAUACAACGUUACUUGGUAAUACGGUCGAAUUGAUUGCUUGGCAAAAGGCAGGUAUCUUAAAAGAAGGUGUCCCUGCCUUCACUGUGCACAACCAACCUGGUGACUCGUUGAAUGUAAUUAGGCAAAGAGCUGAGAAAAUUAAGUGCCCUCUAUAUUUGGCUCCUGCGUUUGAAGACUACAAGUGGCCCAACGGCGAAAAGCCUGUCCUUGGCCUUGAUUCAAAUGUGCAAAAGUUGAACGCCUCCAUUGCAAUUCAACUAGCUCACACUUGGCUGAAAAUUAAAAAUGGUCUUCCCUAUGAAAAACGCACUCUUGCAAUUCCUGAACUGACAGCCAAGGGUCUUUUGAACGUCAGUUGGCCAGGUCGAGCCCAGACUUUGAUUCAGUCGCCUCAGUUGAAAAUAUUCCUUGACGGGGCCCAUACAACAGAAAGUAUUGAGAACUGUCUAGCAUGGUUCCAGGUUGCUUCAGAGAAGCAGACGUCUUCUGGCAAUGUAACGAAAGUGCUCAUAUUCAACUCCACUGGAGAAAGAGACCCUUCCAAUCUUCUCAGGCCACUAAGCAACGCAAAAGUAUUUUCCAAAGUUAUAUUUUGUCCCAACAUCGUUUCUAGCAAGGAAAAUCAAAAGACCGACCAAAGCAACUUCAUGGUAACUGAAGAGCAGCAGCUGAAAAGAGCGUGUGCCCACCUGACAGCCUGGAAUCUUUUGAAAGACGAGUCUGACGAAAAAUGUGAUACUCAAGCAUUCCACUGCAUCAAUGAUGCACUGGCGUUUGUUCAAAACCUUUCUACUUUAUCAGAAGUCCAUGUGUUAGUGACAGGUUCACUGCACCUUGUUGGAUGUGUUCUUGGCAAGUUGGAAGAAACCAUCGUCGAAGAAGAAAUAGAUACAAACCAAGAGGUAGCAAAGCUGCAGCAACUUUGAGGCAGAAAUUUAAUUGAAUUUAUUUGAAUUCUUCUUCAUAUAUUUCUAGUUAAAAAUUAGAUCAUACAUAGAUUAAUUUUAGAGGCAAGAAAAUAUUUUUUUAAUUAUGUGCCAUAUUAUUUUUUGAUAUAGUCAAAAAUAUAGUCACCUACAGAGUUAAUUUAAGGAUUUUACUCUGAAACUUUCAGGCAUAGAAAUAAUAAAUAAUUCUGGUGAAUUUAUAAUAAAGAAAACUAUAUUAUUUUUUUGAUAAUAUAAAUAAUAUCUAGAAUAAAAUUAUUUUUCAAAGA